AUGGCGCAACAAAUCCACUCAACCCCAUCUUCUUCUCUCUUCAAAAAACCCCCACAUCUUCUCCUUGUCUCACUAUUAACAAAACCUACCAAUCUCAAAAUUAACGCCCAAACCUCCACAAACAAUCCAACCCCACCUGACAAAAAACCCACCACAGUCUCGCCGGGUCAAGGAUUUGGCUCACAAUCAUCGACAGCAGCAACUACAAGCAAGACAACAAGUUCGAGUGGGAGUAAAAAAAAACCAAAGGGUAGUAGAAAAGAGAGAGCAUCAAUAAUUAGGAGGACUCCAGUUGAGAAACCAGCUUUUAUAAGCCAACAAAAUGAGGUUAAAGUUGAAGAACAGAGUAGAAAUGAGAGUGCUUUUCUUCUUGCUUGGUUAGGACUUGGUAGCAUCAUUCUUGUUGAGGGCAUUCUGCUUGCUGCUUCAGGCUUCCUACCAGAAGAAUGGGAUAAAUUUUUUGUGAAGUAUCUAUACCCAUCUUUCACCCCUACAGUUGGCUUGUUUGUUGCUGGAACCGUUGCAUACGGAGUUUUGAAGUACAUGCAGAAUGAGAAUCUUAAAGACCGAAAAUGA